CCCCGCCUCCCACGCCACACCAUACCAUACCUAGAUCCUCCACCAGGCGGCGGCCCCGUGCCCGGCCCAUCUCCCCCGUUUCCUCUUCCCCGCGCCGGCGAGUCAGGUGCUGAGACCACUUCCACCGGCCGUCCGCCAUCAGAUCAGAACCAAGGAUGGCCGGCGGCGGCACCAGCAUCAGGAAGUAUGUGGGCGCCCUCAAGGACUCCACCACCGUCAGCAUCGCCAAAGUGAACAGCGACUACAAGCAACUGGACAUCGCCAUCGUCAAGGCCACCAACCAUGUGGAGCGCCCUGCAAAGGAGAAGUACAUCAGAGAUAUCUUCAUGCAUCUUAACUCCGGGAGGGCUCGGGCGGACGUGGCCUACUGCAUCCGUGCCCUUGCGCGACGCCUCUCCAAGACGCGCAACUGGGCGGUUGCACUCAAGACGCUAAUUGUGAUACACCGUGCCCUUCGCGAGGUCGACCCUUCUUUCCGUGAUGAGCUCGUCAGUUACGGAAGAUCUAGCGGCCAAAUGCUACACAUGUCCUAUUUCAAAGAUGACUCCAGCCCUGAUGCUUGGGAUCACUCCGCGUGGGUGCGCAAUUACGCUUUGUUUUUGGAAGAGAGGCUCGAAUCUUUCCGUGUGCUGAAUUAUGACGUCGAACUGGAUCCAUUGGGAACACGAGAUGUUGAUACAACUGGUUUGCUUGCACAACUGCCGGCAUUGUCGCAGCUUCUUUUUCGGCUAAUCAGUUGUCAGCCGCAUGGGUCGUCAUCUUAUAACACCAUAAUCCAGCAUGCCCUUGCAAUGGUUGCUACGGAGAGUAUUAGGAUCCAGACAGCCAUCAAUGAUGGCAUACUCAAUCUAGUUGACAAGUUCUUCGAUAUGCAAAGGGACGACGCUAUUAGGGCCCUUGAUAUAUACAAAAAAGCACUCAAGCAGGCAGGGCAACUUUCUGGAUUUUACGAGACGUGUAGAACCAUACAUAUUGGGCGGGGUGAGAAGCUGUUAACAAUCGAACAGCCUCCUGCGUCAUUCUUGCAAGCCAUGGAAGAUUAUGUGAGAGAUGCUCCUCUUGCUUCAAAAAAUCAGGCUGUACUGGCAAUAGAGUACAACAGAAAACCAGAAGAGGAAGAAGCAUCAACUCCACCACCUCCUCCUCCUCAAGUAUCAACUUCAGAGAAAGAACCGGAACCAGAGCCGGUUAAAGAAGUCGCGCCCAGAGUCGAGCAAAUAGAUUUGCUGGGGAUGGAUGAACCGAUCCCUGACAUGACAGCGCUUGAUCAAAAGAAUGCUUUGGCGCUGGCAAUUGUUGAACCAGAUAACGGGCCUAAAGCUGCUGCUGGUUCCGAAAAUGUCGCCACGAGCUGGGAGCUAGCACUCAUCACAGAACCCAGUGCAACUGAAAAUGUUGCUACUUCGAGAAAUUUGGCCGGUGGAAUGGACCUGCUCACACUCGACAGCCUCUACGACGACGCGCACCAGCACGCGCAGCAGAACGCAAGCUACAACCCCUGGGAGCAGCCGGCACCGGUGGCAUCAUCGGCUCCCAUGGCGUCGAUGAUGCAGCAGCAGUAUCAGCAGCAGCCGAUGCACAACCCGUUGUACGCCUCGGCGCAGCAGCAGCAGGCCUUCAUGCUCCAGCAGCAGCAGGCCUUCGCGCUCCAGCAGCAGCACCAGUACCAGCAGCAGUACCAGCAGAUGAUGAUGAUGGGUGCGCCGUCUCUCCAUCGUCAGGCAUCCUCCAAUCCCUCGUUCCAUCGCCAGGCAUCCUCCAACCCGUCGCUCCAUCGUCAGGCGUCCUCCAACCCGUUCGACAGAUCGUACACGCCGGCAGCCGUCGGCGGUGGUGGUUACCCUUAUGCUCCGGCGAUGCAGCUCCACACCAGCAACGCCUACACUGGAACUGGCAUGAUGUAGAGAUGCUUCUGGUGGUUUUUCCUUUUUGCUUCGCCGUUGCGAUUUUUUUAAGAAGUUAGUAGGAACCUGAUGUAUAGUUGAGAUGAGUAAUAGCAGGGGAAGUAUUUUUCCCCGGCUAUUUGUAGUCAGGACGGUUGCUUGUGCUGUGCAGCCGUGAAGUAUUUGUCCAUGGAAAUUAAAUUCUGGAAACAUGGUGACAAUAUUUGAAACAGGAGAAGAGAGAUGAACAUUAUGAAAAAACUAUGUGGUUGCAACAGAGCAACUUCUCUCUCCGUUUUGGGAUGGGAGAAAAAAUAUAACAUUAUUAAAAA